AUGGCGCCUCAACUGCAAAACGUGCGCGACAUCUUCCCCCUCCCCCAAACACCAACCCAAACCCUCGCCACCCUCGCUGGCCUAGGCGCCUCCGCCUGGCUUCUCAAGCUCAUCGUCCGCCACAUCCUCCUGCGCAGCCCCGCGAAACCCUCCCACGGCUCCCCCUCCACAGCAGGGCCGACCUUCGCCGCAAUGAGCGCAGAUAAGAAGAAGGAGCUCCUCGAGCGGCCCGCUAUCAUCGUCGGCGGCGGGCUAGCGGGCCUCGUCGCCGCCUUUGAGCUCUCGGAGCGCGGCGUGCCGACCAUCAUCAUCGAUCAGGAAAACGAGGCGAAUCUCGGCGGCCAGGCCUUCUGGUCACUUGGCGGCAUCUUUUGCGUCGACUCGACGGAGCAGCGAAGGAUGGGCAUCAAGGAUUCGAGGGAGCUCGCUAUGCGGGACUGGUUCGGCUCCGCGCAGUUUGACCGCGAGAAGGAGGAUACCUGGCCGAGGAGGUGGGCCGAGGCCUUUGUCAACUUCGCCUCGGACGAGAUGGAGCAGUACGUCAAGGCCAGGGGCAUGGGCUUCCUCUUCAACGUCGGCUGGGCCGAGAGAGGCGCCGGCAUGGCCGAGGGACACGGCAACUCGGUGCCGCGGUUCCACGUUACCUGGGGUACGGGGCCGGAGGUCGUGAGGGUGUUUGAGGAGCCCGUGAGGCGCGCGGCCAAGAAUGGUGUCGUGCAGUUCCGCUUCCGACACCGCGUGGACGAGAUCAUCACCGACGAGACGGGUCGCGCGAUUGGCGUUCGCGGAAAGGUCCUCGCUCCCGACAACUCUGCCCGCGGCGUCAAGUCCAACCGUGAUAUCGCAGGCGAUUUCGAGAUAUUCGGCUCCGCCGUGGCAGCAACAUCCGGCGGCAUCGGAGGAAACGUCGAAGCCGUAAAGGCAGCAUGGCCCAUCGACCGUCUGGGCCCCAAAGUCCCCGAGAAUUUCGUCGUCGGCGUCCCAGCCCACGUCGACGGCCGCAUGAUUGGUAUCGCAGAAACAGUCGGCGCCAACGUCAUCAACCGCGACCGCAUGUGGCACUACACUGAAGGCUUGCAAAACUGGAACCCAAUCUGGCCCAACCACGGCAUCCGCGUCCUCCCGGCGCCGAGCUCGCUGUGGCUCGACGCGACGGGCAAGCGUCUCCCACCCUUCCUCUUCCCCGGCACCGACACCCUCGGCACGCUGAAGCACAUCUGCGCCACGGGGUACGACUACACCUGGUUCAUCCUCGACCAGAGCAUCAUCGCGCGCGAGUUCGCGCUCUCGGGCUCGGAGCAGAACCCGGACGUCACAGGCAAGAGUAUGUGGCAGCUCCUCACGCGCGUGUUCGGCAAAAAGGGCACCGUUCCCGUACAGAAUUUCCAAAAGUACGGCAAGGACUUUGUCGUGAAAGAUAACCUCGCCGACCUGGUGCAGGGCAUGAACGAGCUGCAGCGCGAGCGCGGCGGGCCGGUGCUGAGCCUGGAGGACAUCAAGGAGACGAUUGAGAUCCGCGACGGGCAGUUUGAUAACGCCUACUCCAAGGACGCGCAGGCCAUGCUCAUCAAUAAUGGACGGACAUACUGGGCGGAUAAGAGGAGUCGUAUCGCGCCGCCGCACAAGUUGCUGGAUCCCAAGCAUGGGCCGCUGAUUGCUGUGAGGAUGAACCUGUUGACGCGCAAGACGCUGGGCGGUAUUGAGACAAAUCUGGAGAGUAACGUCAUGAAGGCGGAUGGGGAGAAGUUCCCUGGUUUGUAUGCGGCUGGUGAGGCAGCAGGCUUCGGCGGCGGCGGUGUUCACGGAUACAACAGCUUGGAGGGCACGUUCUUGGGAGGCUGCAUCUUUUCCGGAAGGGCAGCGGGACGCGGGAUGGCGGAUGAGCUCUUGGGGCCAGCGGAGGCUAAGGGACCAAAGUCGUACCUGUGA